AUGCGGCGGCUGUGCUGCGCCGGCGAGCAGCCUCUCGUGUGGGAUGUGCGCCGCCUGGAGCGCGACGUGUCCUUCCGCAGCCGUCUGACGUACGCGGGCCAGAGCGGCGCCAUCCUGGCGGUGGCGGGCGUGGAGGACGGCCAGUCCGCGGCCAGCGCCAGCGCCAGCGGGUCGCUGCACGUGUGGCGGGUCGAGUACACGGCCAGGGCGGGCGGCGGGGCGCCGGACAAGUACACGGGCAUCACCGUGCGCCGCCAGGUCUCCCCCGGGGAGGGCCGAGUCCUGGACGUGCAGCAGUGGGGGGCCGCGCCCCCCCUCAUGACCUACACCACCCAGCGCGGCGGCGUGCACGGGAUGGACCUGCGGAUGGAGCGCGACGCCUGGGUCGUGCCCGCGCCGCCGCGCCUCGGGGUCCUGCAGCAGGCGCGCAGGGGUUUGGUGCCGACGGUGGUGACCGACCCCUCUGGCCAGCACUGGCUGCUGCAGGCGACCAGCAGGGGCUGGCUCAGGCUGUGGGACGUGCGCUUCCUGCUCAACGCCAACACCUGGCAGCACCCCGCCAGGUGCUCCAUCGACGCAAUGGCGGCCGCCACCGCCGCGCCCUCGCGCCUCGGCCUGUCCGGCGGCGCGCUCCCCACGCCGGGCGCCCCGCUGGUGUACGUGGCCGCGGGCCACGGAGAGGUCGGCCUGUGGGACGUGGCGGCAGGGACCUGUCUGCAGGUGCUACGCACCCUCACAUCAGAAGAGGCGGAGUCGGGCUGCUUAGACGUGCCCUCCGCGCUCACGCCGCCCCCCGCCAGCAGCCCCCCUCGCGCAAGCUUGGGCCUCGCCGGCAGCGGCGGCGGCGGAGGCGGCCGCGGCGGUGGCGGCAUCACGGCCGCGCCCAUGUUAUCGGGCGCGGCGCCGUUGCUCUCUCCGGGUGCGAUGCAGCAGCAGCAGCAGCAGCAGCAGCAGCAGCAGCAGCAGCAGCAGCAGCAGCAGCAGCAGCAGCAGCAGCAACACCAGCAGCCGUGGCGGCGCGAGAGCGGCGGCAGCGGGCAAGCGGCACUGGGGCUUGGGGAGGGCGACGACUUGGCGGCAGCGCUGAGGAGCAGCCUGUUCCUGCAGGAGGUGGACCAGCCGCAGGCCAGGCCGCACAACGCGUGCGCGCUGCUGCCGCUGGGGGGCGGGCAGCUGUUGGCUGGCGGCGGCGACUGCGCCAUCCGCUGCUGGGAGCCGGCUUGGCCUGAGAGGACCUACCAGGUUUGCGGCCCUUUGUGGCCCAACAGCAUCAUUGAGCCGGGCACCAGCACGCUACACACGCCUGUGACGCUGCGGCGCUACCACAUGCGCCAUGUGGCCGGUGUGCCGGUGGUGGAGGAGGUGGCCUCACACGGCCGGGAGGACACCACUCGUCAGGUGAGCAGCCCUUAA